GACCACCUCCCGUUGACCGGUUCACGUCUUCUAAUCACCACUCAGUCUCCCCAGCAUUCGUCAAAAUGGGCACAGUCGUUGACCCCUCCAAGCAAGGCACCAAGAGCCUCAGUGGCUUCGCCACUGACUUCCUCAUGGGUGGUGUCUCCGCCGCUGUCUCCAAGACCGCUGCUGCCCCCAUCGAGCGAGUCAAGCUCCUCAUUCAAAACCAAGAUGAGAUGAUCAAGCAGGGCCGUCUCGCUUCUCCCUACAAGGGUAUCGGUGACUGCUUCGGCCGCACCAUCGCUCAGGAGGGCGCCGUCUCUCUCUGGCGUGGUAACACCGCCAACGUCAUCCGUUACUUCCCCACCCAGGCCCUAAACUUUGCCUUCAAGGACUUCUUCAAGAGUCUCUUCAAGGUCCCCAAGAGCGACCCUUACUGGAAGCAGCUCUCGGCCAACCUUGCGUCUGGUGGUGCCGCUGGUGCAUCUUCUUUGCUCUUCGUCUACUCUCUUGACUACGCCCGUACCCGUCUGGCAAACGACGCCAAGUCUUCCGCCAAGGGUGGAGGAGAGCGUCAAUUCAACGGUCUCAUUGACGUGUACCGCAAGACCCUCGCUUCCGAUGGUAUCGCUGGUCUCUACCGUGGUUUCGUUCCAUCGGUCGUUGGUAUCGUCGUCUACCGUGGUCUGUACUUCGGUAUGUACGACUCCCUCAAGCCCGUCGUCCUCACCGGAUCUCUUCAGGGCAACUUCGCUGCGUCUUUCGCUCUCGGAUGGGUUGUCACCACUGGUUCCGGUCUUGCUUCUUACCCUCUGGACACUAUCCGUCGUCGUAUGAUGAUGACCUCGGGUGGUACCGGACCCCACUACAAGAACAUGCUUCACGCCGGUUCCGAGAUCGUCAAGGCCGAGGGUGUCAAGUCUCUCUUCAAGGGUGCUGGAGCCAACAUUCUCCGUGGUAUUGCCGGUGCUGGUGUGCUUUCCGGUUACGACAAGCUCCAAGAGCUUCUCCUCGGAAAGGUCUACAGCGGUGGUUCCGGAUAAGCGAAGACGACUGUUCAUCAAGUUGCAACUCGUCUCUGCUUCUCCUCCCGCUCAAGUACACUCUACAAAACCCUCAUUGUGUCGAAGUCCGUUUCACAACAAUGAAAAUACAGUCCUACAUUCGCAUGCGUGCCAGGAUAGCGAUGCCGAGAAGCGAUGGCGCCGCAGGAUUGUGGAAGGAGUGCAGCUCUUUCGGCCGAGAACACUAGACAUCUUGACUUGAAUGUGCUUGUCAGAGAUUCGACCCUGAUGGGAC